AUGCUCCGCCCGUGGUUCCGUUCUGCAAAGCGUUGCUUUGGAACCAGCUAUACAGUGCAUUUGGUUUCCAGCCAAGCACAAGCAGAGCGCCUUUCAAGGGAGCUCUUGUUGAAGCUCCGAAAGAGAUCUCCGAAUGAAUCUUCGAUUGCCAAGAUUGCCUUGGACUGUGAAGGAGUGCGUUUAGGCCGUUUUGGACGUCUCUCUCUGAUGCAGAUGCAAGACGAAGAUGGACAAGUCAUGCUGUGUGACGCUUUGCGGCCUGGUAUUGUGGAAGCCUUUCGACCACUCUUGGAAAGCCCAAGCGUCGUCAAGGUGAUCCACGACUGCCGUGAGGAUAGCUCCGCUUUGUACCAUCAACACGGGAUCGGUCUCCGUGGCAUUUUUGAUACCCAGGUUGCCCAUGCGAGCCUGGAACGGGCGGCUGGAAGAGAGGCCUAUCAAGCCUCAGCCAGUGAACUCCUUCAGAAAUACCUCAACAUCGAUCCGGACGAUUCGGAGCUGAAAUCGUUGAUGCUGGAGGAUCCGCAGCUCUGGGGCCGACGACCCUUGUCCAAAGCCUUGGUGUCCUAUGCCGUCCGAUCCGUAGCGUAUCUGCUGCCGCUGCAUGAGCUGCUUAUGGAGAAGACCAAUGCCGCGCUCCAGGAGGAGAUUGCGGAAGCAUCUGCUCUUGCGGCGGACUACCGUUUCUUGAACCGUGAAUUUCCCACGGCAGAGAGUAUGGCCAAGAUUGGCACCCGGCUUUGGGCCUUAAUGGCCUCGCGGGGCCGCGAGUCCAGCUGGCUGAAGUUGCGAUGGGUGAUGGGGCGGUUUUCAAGACAUGACAGCGAGGGCUGGUGGGUGCCCUUGGGUUGGCUGGAAGAGAUUUGGAUUGCGGGAGAUGAUGUGAACAUGCGUUUCGAAGAAGCCUCAAGGCAUUGUGUACAGGCCAUGCUAGGCUCUUCAACUUCGUCAACAUUGUUGGUUGGUUGA